UAACAAGUGACUGUUUAGCGUCCCAUCAGAACCGGCGCGUAGAAGAGGUUGUCUUUUAAGAGAAUGCCUCAAAUCAUGGCAGAGGCGUUCGCGAGAGGAUUGCUAGACAAGAUAAUGGUAGAAGUUCUGGACGUUAUAGAUCGCGAUGCAGAGGAUGGAAAAUCCUGGGAACAGCACGUCAAUGAGGAAACAGACGAUGCUCAACUGGAAUAUGUACAUGAUAGACCUCAAGCAAACGAAUGUACACACAUACAUUAUAGCAAGACCGACGAAAUAGAAUUGAUUGCAAAGAUAGUUCGUGAUUUGCGUGACAUACGGAUCGGAGAUUCGCGUUAUGUUCUUCCGCCUUCAUUGUUAACAUUGGAGAAACAGGUAAAAUGCGCCACACGCAACGUCGACGAUGCACCGUUUAUGAAUCCAGCAACCGACAUCGCCGAAACUCAACGCACGACCCAAGGUCAAGGCGACACGCACCAGAUUAACACGACAAUUCUCGAAUCACUGACUGAACCGACGGAACCGGUGAAGUUGAUUCGGAAGAAGAAGGAAGGAGAAGCGACUAACGAGGCGACCAACGUGUCAGUUGGUUUGUUACAACAGCUGAUCGAGGAUUUAGAGAAUAAAACAGUCUUGACUUGCUCCAAGGACGAUGCCCCUUUAGACUCGGUCAAUAAGGAAUGCAUUGCCGUUUGGGAGGAGAAAGAAGAGCAAUUUAUUAGGACUAUUGAGGGCAAUAUUGGCGCCAAACACGAGACUAUAACAGGGACUCUUCAACAAGGAAGCGAAUCAAACGGUCGCUUCCGCAUUAUCGAACUGAAGCACGAUGAAGAACUGAGGUCUCACUCAAGUCAACACGUGGCGUCCACCUCGAGGGAAGCCGACCUCGAAGAAGUUCAGAUCGAGAAACGUGGAUCGAAUUCGUUAUCGUCGUUGAAGCCAUCGUGCGAUGAUGACAAGAAGACCGUAGAUCAGAUACUACCUAUCGACGAUGCGGAGAAAAGAAAAACGUUCAACGAAGCGACAACGAAAAAGAAGAAGAAGAAAGGCUUUGGCAGCCGACUGAGGAAACUCUUCCGCGCCGCCUUUGGCCGCCAGCAGAAUUGAUGUUGGGUUCCAGAAGGAAAA